AUGCAGGCCAAAAUUACCCUUAUUGCGCUUCUCGGUGCCAUCGGCGCUUCAGCUGCUACCAUCAAGCGGCAAAACAACGGUGGAGGCGGCGCUGCCGAUUUUGGCAAAUGUACCCCCACGAUGGACUUUCAACUUGGCCGUGCCGGACGCAAGGCCGACCAAGGCACUUUCCUACCUACCGACCCUCUCGUUGCAAAGGGCCAGCAGGAUGCUUUAAAUCCUGGCAUCAUCGCCAACCGUAUCUGUGAUCAGCUCACAAACGUUUGCGAGGCGAACCAGGCGGCCAAGGACCAAUGUCAACAGGCCAAGUCUCAGCUUCAGGCCGCCGGAACCAAGGAUGCGUCAGCUGCGACAACUUUCAACCAAGCUCUUGGAUUCAACUAA